GUCAGUGUAGCAUCGGUACCAUCCAGCCUUCAUGCUAGCUGAAGAAGUCCUGUGCAACUAGCUUUGCUAACUCAUGCAAUGACAUACUGGGUUACUUUCUCUCUGUGUGUAUCAUUUUUCUCACGGACACUGGUGUCUAGAAUGGAAACAGCUACUCGUGUGUGAGGAUCCUUGUAUUCUUUGCCUAGAGGGCCCGAUAAGACAGCUGUUUCGGUUAACUAGCCUGUAAGCUAGCGCAGCUAACCUAAACACAUUGCCUGCCAUCACGACCAGCACAACAGACACCAAGCCAAGUGCACAAGUCGGCGUUGCGACGUUGGACAUUUCUGCCACCAUCAUGGAGAAGGCUGAUUUCUUGAAAGGACUUCCCGUCUACAAUAAGAGCAACUUUAGCAGAUUCCAUGCAGACUCUGUUUGUAAAGCAUCUAAUCGGAGGCCCUCUGUGUACCUUCCAACACGAGAUUACCCCUCUGAACAGAUUAUUGUAACAGAGAAAACCAACAUCCUCCUGCGUUACCUCCAUCAGCAGUGGGACAAAAAGAAUGCAGCAAAGAAAAGGGAACAGGAGCUCGGUGAGGGUGACAGUCCGGCACCCCCAAGGAAGAUUGCCAGGACAGAUAGCCAAGAGAUGAACGAGGACUCAUAAGUGUGUGAGUGUGUGUGUGUGUGUGUGUGUGUGUGUGUGUGCAUGAGAGAGAGUGUGUGUGUGUGUGUGUUUGCGUAUACAGAGUAUAGCCAGUAAAAACUAACAAAAACAAAGGAUAAACCCACCAGUAUAAAUAUUUCUGGCCAUUCUGCACUAUGACAGGAUGCCUUUUCUGGUAUUAAAUUAAAAGUCACUCAAAAAUAAUCGGCGAAAUUCAAGUCAACAGAGCAGCCAAUUAUAGUGUAAAGAUUGUGUGAGGGAAAAUAACGUAACCAGAAAGGAUCUAAAAGUCACUGUUGGUCACUGACAGAACGGUGCUGCUGUUAGGGAGGGAACUUCAUACUGAUGUUUUGUUUUUUUUAAUCCUUGCUGGCUAUUACCUGUGUAGUAGUACAUGUAUAUAUGUUUGUAUGCAUGCUGAGCUGUGAGUGUGUAUUGUACUGUAUGUGGGAUGUGAUUGAACAGAUGUCUGAGUAGAUUUUAAGAUCAGAGAGGGACUUCCCAGAAGUCAGACACUAUCCUUAAAACCAGUCUCAUUACUGGCACAUGACUUGUAGCCAUCUGUCACCUGGAGAGUCUGUUCUAAGUUGUUCAAAGAUAACUUUUUGUUACUGUUUUUAUUUUAUUCUAACUAUUAUUGUUUAUGUAUGGCAAUGAGCUUCCUGCCAGCCACAGUGCCCACACUCUCGGUUUCACUGCCCGCUCUGCAUACACAUGGGGGCAAUUCGACAUUUCUUCACACUGUUUGAUUCAACAAAACCAAGACUGCACUGUGAUCAGAACAGCACAAAGUAGAAGCAACUCUUCCAGAAUCCCCCGUAGAUGUGUGUUUAUUGUGAAUAUGCAUAUCUUCAUUCUAGUCUGGGACUUGUGCUCGUAGGAUAAAUGUCAUGUUGGUGUUUCUGAGAAAUGUUUUACAUCUAGCACCACCUUCUGGCUAAUUGAGGCUAGUAACCAUGGGAUUGUCUGUGAGUUUGAGCAGUUCUUUCAUCAAAGGAUGUAAAAGAAAGAGAAGGAAAAAGUUGAGCUCAAAUAUGGAUUUGUAACAUUGGAAUUUCAGUUGCGCAAAAAGUGCGAAAACUAUGUAAAAUAAUAUCUGGAAAAGGGAAAAAAGAAUACAUUAUGAUGUGUGUAAAUAAUUUUCCAGUACCAGAAUUAGUUUAUCAAAUGGAGUAUCUUUGUGUCUGCCUUUUUUUUUUUUUUUUGUAAAAUAAUACAUGCCCAUGGAUACGAUAGAAAAUGAAAUAGGAAAGUAAAAGAGCCUCGAUGCCCAGUGGGAGUUACCUUCCCUUGCAUGUUGAUGUUUUCACGGCUGGGUAUUAUAUUUCUGGACCAGUAAUAAAACUUGAGGGGUGUUGGGGUUGUGGAAGGUAUUAGCCCAGAGGCCUUACAACCUGUCAUCGUGGUUCGGACCCUAUAGCUCCCACAGCUCGGGGUCCGAGUUAGAUGUGCAGUUCGUCCUGUCUUUGUGACAGCUCUGGAUGGUUUUUGUCUGAGAGCUGGCUUAGAUGAACACGGGGGUCUAAAGGGGUGUUAUAUUUUCAGCCAUAGAAUGCACAAAACGCAUGCACUGCAAAGUGCAGUCGCCAUCCUGCCUUGUUCCCGAGCUUCAGUUUGUAUUGGUGUCAUAUACUGUACAACACUGAAUAAAGCUUGAUUUUUAAUAUUAUCACUGCCCAGCAGAGUCACAUCAAAGCCUCCUGUUCUUCCUGUCCCUUUUUCAGUUGAUGCUGCAAUGUGGGUUGACAUUGUGGUCAGUCAUCUUCCUACUUGCAAUGUAAAUGCUGUUUGUUUCUGAAGUGUAAAACCACAUUAUGCUUCUGCUCAGAUAGACUGUUUAACAUCACCCUAAGCCUUGCCCCACCCCAUGUGUGUUAGAUCAGACAUGUUCUUUUUAGCUUUGCUGAAAUAAAACUGGAUUGAAACUGG